UCCUCCCCUUUCCCCAACGCCGCUUUGACGGCGUUGGAUUCGGUGGCUUCGUCCCUCCUCGCCCCCUCCUUUUGGGCCACCAACGCCCUCCUGGACCUCCGCCCCACCACUCUGGACCACCGCCAUUGGUUCCCUCGAGCGCUGACGGCGUUGGCGUUGACCUUUGCCCUCGCGGCGGCGCUGCCGUUGGCGGCUUUGGGGUUGGCGUUAUGGCUUCCGCUUCAAUCCCAACGUUAUCCCUUCGUUUAUCAAUCGACACCGCAAACGCUUCCGGCGACGCCGUGGAACGCCCGCAACGACGGCGCCGCUUUCACCUUCGCCACCGCCAACCUUUGCCUUUUACCGAGCGGUUUGGCCAAAUUCACCAAUUUGGGCCGAACGCCAACGCGCGCCAAAACCAUCGCUCGAUUCCUCCUUCCGGCGUCACCGAACUCCUCCACCACCACCACCACCGCCGUCACCGCCAUCACCGAAACCCUUCGGAAUGACCAAACGGUGCCUCUCACCCAACGCUUCCCACCGGACGUUGACUUCGUUUGCUUCCAAGAAGUCUUUGACUCCAAAGCCACCGCCGCCUUACGUCGAGGACUUUCCGGAAGGUUCCGGAAUGUUCUUUAUGACGUCGGCGCCGCCGGAUGGAAGGGUUGGAAGUUAAAGGUCUUCAAUAGCGGUCUCAUGGUGGGAAGUCGAUACCCGGUGAUGGCGGCGAAGUUUCACGCCUUUCCCAACGGCGCCGGAGAGGAUUCGUUGGCGGCGAAAGGGGUGUUGGUGGUUCAAGUGUUGGUGGGAAUGAGGACGGAAGGACGGAUCGUGGGGUAUUUGGGGUGUACCCACCUGCAGGCGCCGGCCGGAGAUGCGCUGGUGAGGAACGCGCAGCUCUCCAUGGGGCUGCGGUGGAUGGAGGAGUUCCAGGAGCAGCAGAAGAAAGACGGUGACCUCGUGGCCUUCGACGUCUUCUGUGGAGACCUCAACUUCGAUAACACCUCCCCAGCUGAGGAGCUCAAUCAGCAUCAUGAGAUCUUUGAUGUCUACCAGGAUCCGUGUCGAGAGGCGCCGGGACGGGACCAACCCUGGGCCAUAGGAACUCUUCUCAACCCCCUGAAGAUCUAUGAUGAGGCCGUGUCCACCCCAGAGAACCUCAAGAGGACCCUCUCGGAGCCGUCCGGGCGCCGUCUCUUCUUGGCAGGUCCUCUCCUGCCCAACGGUGAAGACCUCCCGGUGGUCCCCAUGUCCUCAUGGUCGGGACGUCGCGUGGACUAUGUCCUCCACCGGAGGUCUCCUGGAUCUCCACUCACGGAGAAGGCUGAGGUGGUCUUUGUCACCCAACUGGCGACGCUCUCCGAUCAUCUCCCGGUGGUGUUGAAGCUCCACGUGGGCCACGAGGGCUCCUGAGGGGCACCGGGAGGACAUCGGGGACCUCCUGGAGAUGGGGGGGGAUGGACUGUGGUUGGGUGAAGGUUGAGUGAAGGUUGGGUGAAGGUUGGGUGAAGGUUGAGUGAAG